UUGGAAGGGAUAAUAACAGCUGAAUUACACCAGACAGUCCUGGUCUGAUCUGACAACAGUCUCAGCCAGCUGUCUCCCAGAAUGGAGUGGGCGCUAGAGGGUGUUUUGAUACAAGCCACGUUGAUCAUCGCCACAAUAGCAGGUCUCUUAUAUUCCUACAUCACUAGGAACUACAACUAUUGGAAGCAGAAAGGUAUUCCACAUGAAGAACCUACCUUCCCCUUCGGCAACGGGCAAGAUCUUGUACUAGCAAGAAAACAUUUGGGUGCAUUUUACGAGACAUUCUACAAGAAGUUCAAGAAGAAUAAGUAUGGCGGAAUAUAUGAAGUUCGAAAGCCGACUUUAAUCGUAACUGAUCUAGACAUUGUGAAACAAAUCCUGACAAAGGACUUUUAUCACUUCAUGGACCGUCCGUUACCUCCUAAGUCUUCCCAUGAUUUCCUCGCCAAUCAUUUAUUUGCCAUGGAGGGAAAAGAGUGGAAAGAAAUGAGAACGAAGUUGACCCCGACGUUUACCUCUGGAAGGAUGAAACAGAUGUUUACGCUGAUAGAGAAAUGCUCCGAGCAACUUAAGAAACAUCUGGAACCGUUGGCUUUGAAUGAUGAAACAAUCGAUGUCAAGGAUUUAACAAGUCGUUUUACCCUUGAUAUAAUUUCCACUUGCGCUUUUGGUUUGGAUGUAAACACUUUGCAAGAUUCUAAUGCUGACAUUUUUGAUAUAAGUCAAUUGAUAUUCAGGCAGUCAAAAUGGAAAAAUGUCAAACGAUUUUUCAUGUCGACAUUUCCGGUUACAGCAAAUGUGUUUGGUAUGUCUUUGACGGACGAUCGAGUAAAGGAUUUUCUUUUAAAGUUAACUGAAACAACAGUAAAAUACAGAGAAGAAAACAAUGUGAGCAGAAAUGACUUUAUGGAUCUUCUGAUCAAAGUAAAGAACAAUGCUUCUUUGGAUGAUGACUCUCACGCUCAAAACAAGAAUCAUGGAUUUAAGGAAAAUGCAUUAACACUGAAAGAAAUGGCUGCUCAAGCAUUUGUGUUCUUUGCUGCUGGGUUUGAAACAGCUUCUUCUACAACCACGUUCGUGUUGUACGAGCUUGCACGCAAUCCAGACUUGCAGGAGAAGUUGAGACGGGAAAUUGACGAAGUUCUGGAGAAUAAUGACGGAAAAAUUACCUACCAAGCAAUCCAGGAGAUGAACUACAUGGAGCAAGUGCUAAAUGAAACAUUGCGUAUGUAUGCAUCAGUUCCAGCUUUGAUCCGCAAGUGCACUGAGCCGUAUAAAAUACCAGACAAAAACGUAACUCUGGAUCUCAAUGUAAAAGUUGUAAUUCCAAGCUAUGCUAUUCAUCAUGACCCAGAUAUUUACCCAGAACCAUUCAAAUUCGACCCAGAAAGAUUUAGUGAAGUAAAUAUCAGAAGUAGACACAAUUACUCCUUCCUACCUUUUGGCGAAGGUCCACGAGUGUGUAUUGGUAUGAGAUUUGGCAAGAUGCAGGUGAAGGCUGGAUUGAGUACAAUAAUAUCUAACUAUGAGUUGAGCAUUACACCAGAAACUCCCAUACCCUUGGAGAUAACUCCUAACAGUAUAGUGACCGCUUCUGUCAAACCAAUCAAGUUGAGGUUCUCCAAGAGAUCAUCAUAGUGUGCCAAUGGGGCAACUUAGUGAGAAAGUGUUUCGUAAAGGUGCUCUUCGAUUAUCUGAAGUACUAGAACCGAUGUUUCUAAAAACUGUGAUAGAGAACAAUUUACAACUAAAGCAGAACCUUUUGAUUCUAUAGAACUAAACCUUCCAUCCCAAUGUUGAAGUUGGUUACAGAGACUAAAAAACUGUACAUUAAAUAUUAUCCGGUUAUUGUACAGGAGAAAAAGAAAACUGUUGUAGUUCGCUUGUUUAUGGAUAUCUUUUGAUAAAUAUUUUACAAUUUAUUUGUUUCAUCUGUAAUCAACCUUUAACUUAGGUCUACAAUGGAAACUCCAUGUACAAUUUCGAAACUUAAAUUUAUUAAUUAUAAUACAAAACUGAUAGUAAAGAAAAGAAAGGGGGUUCACAAUAAAUUGUACAAACAGUGGGAGAUGAAUUUACUUUAAAACUUUAGGCUAGGCCUAUUACAAUGGUUUUAAUUAUUUAGGUUCAAUGUUAUAAUUUACUGUAAGGAUCUUAAUCUCAGGUUGGGUGAUCGAGCGGCAUUUGAAUUUAAUCUUGUGAUAUAAGCCUAAUUAAAUUUUGUUUUAAAAUAUAAAGUAUGUUCGAAUUAUAGAUUGGUUGAAUUAAUAAUAGUUUUGAAUAAGUUAAGCUUCUAUUAGUUCUUGACUUUGAAUUUGAGUACAAAUGUCCAAAGGUUGGGCCUAAAAAAAGUUUUAAUGGCUUCCAAAGGGGAAAAUGUCUAUUGGAGUAAUCUCACCAAAAUUGAUGUCUUCUUUGAAGUAAAGUUCUUGAUGAUCAGGGUUUCAGAAAAUUUGGCAUUCCAUUUCUACUCCAGUUAUUUAUUUCACUGUACAUCUUGGACUCAUGUAUGUUUAAAAAUUUUGUUAAAUUAAUUUGGUCUGUUUGCAGUUUUCCUAUCCUGAGCCAAA